AUGGGAAUGACAUUUGAGAUGAGUGAUCUUGGUAAGCUUACGUAUUAUCUUGGGAUCGAAGUUCACCAACAUGACAAGAGGAUCAGCUUAACACAAGCGAGAUAUGCUAAGAGAAUUCUAAUUGAAGCAGGAAUGGAUACAUGUAAUUCGACACAUAUACCAAUGGAUAUGAACAUGCAACUGUCGAAAUCUCAGGAGGAGAAGAACAUUGAUGAGAAAAUUUACAGAAGGCUUAUAGGAUGUCUUCGGUACUUGAUUCACACACGACCGAACUUAUCUUACUACGUCGGUGUGCUGAGCCGUUUUAUGCAUGAGCCAAAAACAUCCCACGGAGACGCUUUGAAGCAGAUCCUGAGAUACUUGCAAGGUACUUCAUCACUAGGUCUUAUUUUUUCCCGUGACUCUAAGACAAGUGUGGUUGGUUACUGUGACAGUAGUCAAAAUCUUGACAAAUAUGAUGGGAAAAGUACAGCUGGUUACAUAUUCUACUUCGGUGAUAGUCCAAUCACUUGGUGUAGUCAAAAACAGGACACAAUGGCAAUGUCUUUGUGUGAGGCCGAGUAUAUGAAAGCCACCGAAGCAGCUAAACAAGCAAUUUGGCUUCAUGAUUUACUUAGUGAAGUCACCGGAUCACCAAGUAAGCGAAUCACAAUUCUAUUGGACAACAAAUUGGUGAUAGCACUCACAAGAAAUCCAGUGUUUCAUGGAAGAAGUAAGUAUAUACACAGGAGCUACCACUUUAUUAGAGAAUGUGUUGAGAAAGGAUUCAUAGAAGUGGAACAUGUUCCCGAAACAGAGCAGAAAGCUGACAUAUUAACAAAAGCACUUGGGAGAAUUAAGUUCAAGGAAAUGAAGAGCUUCAUUGGAGUUCAAGAUGUGAGUGAGAGUAUUUUCAAGCUUAAGGGAGAGAAUGUUGGAGUAAGUUUGAACUAG